CCGCUCCUGAACAAUAAUGCCAACUGUGCAGGCCAGGUCAUCACAGAGAUAAACAAUCAUUUAAGGAUUCAACUUCAAAAUUAUACUGCUGCCGCAAUGAACGUACCCGAGCGCAGCCGUUUCCUGAUCUACGCCUUGGGCAUCUUUGUCUGCUACUUUUUAUAUGGAAUUGUGCAGGAAAAAUUGACGAGGGGGCGAUACGGCGAACAAGUGCAGACAGAUGGAUCUGUGGGCGAACAGUUCACCUUUGCCCUGGCCCUGGUCUGGGUGCAGUGCGUUUGCAAUUAUAUUUUUGCCAAAGUGCUGCUAGCGGUGAAGCCGCAAAAAGAGGACACCACCCACACCGGCUCAUAUGCGGCUUGCUCGCUCACCUAUCUGCUGGCCAUGGUCUCUACCACAAUGGCAAUGCGCUGGGUGCCCUAUCCCACGGCUGUCGUUGGCAAGUCGGCCAAGCCGAUACCUGUCAUGAUUCUGGGAGUGCUCAUCGGGCGCAAAUCGUACAGCUGGACGCGCUACGCCUGCGUGCUGACCAUCGUACUGGGAGUAAUUCUGUUCAUGUACAAAGAGGGAAAGGUCGCCAAUUUGCCCGCUGAGACAACCAUACUCGGCGAGGUUCUGCUCUUCCUCAGCUUGUCCAUGGAUGGACUGACGGGCGCCGUGCAGGAGCGCAUUCGAGCGGCCAGCUCGCCCUCUGGCCAGCAGAUGAUGAUGUCCAUGAACUUCUGGAGCACCCUGAUGCUCGGUUUCGCAAUGCUUCUGACAGGUGAGGUCAAGGAGUCUCUGCACUUUGCUCUGCGUCAUCCCGAGGUCUGGACCCACCUUUCGCUGCUUUCGCUGUGCGGGGCCCUGGGCCAGUUCUUCAUCUUCCUGACGGUGGCCAAUUUCGGUCCCUUGGCCUGCUCCGUGGUCACCACGACUCGCAAAUUCUUCACCGUCCUGUGCUCCGUGCUGCUCUUCGGCAACAUUCUGAUUGCCCGCCAGUGGCUGGGCGCCGUCCUGGUUUUUGCGGCUCUAUUCGUGGAUAUGCUGUAUGGGAAGAAGCAGUCGCCGGCAGCAGCGCUGUCGUCCAAGAAGCCACCCAGCGAUGGUGGCAGGCUCUCCGAGGAGAAAAAGAAACUGAUUUCAUAGAAUUUAUUAGGCGACUAUGUAGCUUAGUGUAUAUAGAAGACAAAUCGCUGCGUCUGACUUUAGACCCUUCCCGAAACUGCAAAUCGUACAAAGGGUACAUUUAUUUAUAGCCAGCUCUAUUGCGAACACAGUCCAAUUCUUGAUUUGCAAUCUACUAAAAUAUUGGACCCUCAUUAACUAGAAAAGAACAAACAA